ACUCCUGCUCAUCCUAACCGAGACAAGACAAGAGACAAGACAAGAGAGACAGGGCUGUAGGAACUCAGUCCAGCAGCAAGAUGGACAGCAAUGAUAAAGACCCACUUCCUGUCAGGGGGACGCUCUCCCCGGGGCAACUGCAGUCCCACCUCAAGAUGGAGCCCAAGACUCUGGGGGCGAUCCAGAUUGUCAUCGCGGCUUUGAUUCUGUGUCUGAGCGCGUCCGUGCUCCAGAUCCACGAGGUCCACUUCACUGGAGACGUCGCCCUCUUCCUGAUCGUUGUCAUACAGGUGACGCUGUCUGGGUCGGUGUUGGUGCACAGCGGAAGGCGACCUAACCUCUUCUGGGUGAAGUGCAUGCUCGUGCUGCAUCUCAUCAGUGCCGCGUUUGCCACCGCUGCGCUGGGUCUGAUGUCCAAACACCUGCCGUACAGACAGGACUCGUACCACUGUGAACACUGCCGCAAACUGGAGCUGCACGCUGUGCAACAUUGUUUCAGGAAAUGCACCGGGCUGAUCGAGCAAAAGUGUAAACUGCUGAUUGACGGCAUCCUGGGGACGCUGGUGAUCUUCCUGGUGCUGGAGCUGUUGAUCUGCAUCACAGCCAUGCUGUUUGGACUCAGCGUCCUCGCCGCUGGUGGAGCUCAGGCUCCCAGCCAGAGACCCGUCUAUCCACAGACUCGCCCUCCACCUGUUCCAGCUGUGCAGGCGUCUCCAGCUGCAGCUGAACCAUCUCGGCAGGUGGCAGUAGUGGUAACUGAACCAGAUUCGGAUCAGGUGGAUUACCUGUCCACCCCGCCCACUGAGCCGCAGGUGGAGCCCAUCGACUUUCUGGAGUCAGAACCGUGAACUGACUCACUCUGCUCCCUGUGCUGUCGCGUCAUGUCACGUCACGGAUGUCAGCUAAUCCUGUCAGGCUCCCCCUGGUGGUCAUUAGAUUCUCUUUAAUCUCACAAAGACUCACAGAUUAAAACUCAGGUGACACAGCGACGGGAAUAAAUCUACAGUCACAGUGACAGGAAGAGCCGACAUCGUGAGAUCACAUGUGAAUAUCCUCUAUUUUAAAUGGAUAGUUCGGGGUUUUUUAAGUGUGGUUGUUUGUUUGUAGUGACAGCCAGAGACACGGACACUCACACUGAAAACAUGGCUAUCCUGCUGUUAGACAUGCAUUUCUGACUGGAAUAUGAUGGCCCGGUAAACUGCUCACCUUCUCUCUCCAAAGUCCAUCUAGAAAGACAUCGAUUUUACAUCACAGCACACAGAGCGCGUUGUUGCACCGCUGCCUCAUAUUUUUACUCAGUGAGUUAAACCGUGUUAUUUUGUGAGUUUAGUGUUAGAAAAACCUUCUUCAGGGUUUCGCAAAGUAAUAGAAACUUGGCCAAAUGAGGAGUCAGAAGACCAGCUGCUCUGGUGUUUCCUGUGAGCUAAAAACAGUGAUUUUCACAAUGGACUUUGGUGUAGGUGAAGACUGUUUCUUCACCUACACCAAAGUCCAUUGUGAAAAUUGUGCAGAAACUUCAGUUUCCAGGCAGAAAAUGCUCUCUGAUGGUGAGAUAAAGUAGUGCACGUGCUCUUUUUGCAUCCAUGACUCCCACCACACUUAAAAAAAAAACAUGAACUAUCACGGUUACUUGUGGCAUGACAUGAACACAGCAUCAGUGUUAGCACUGCUGCGUCUAUAGUACAGUACAGACUUUGUGCUUAUAAUAUGAAUCUGUGUUAUUAGCAGUGUUGAUUUAUUCUGCAGAUGCUAACACCAACUCACACAAGUAUAGUCAGAGAAAUCAAACUAACAGCAUAUUUUUACUUCAGUAAUAUAAUAAUGUGUAAACAUUUGUAGAGAAAAAGGGAUGCUCCUUGUAACCUGACACUAUACUGUUUCGCCAAGCACUUAAACCUCUUUUGCUUCAACGUAUUUGACCGUAAUACCAAUUAUAAAGGUAAUACAAACUUUUGGUUGAA